AUUCCGUACAAACCAAUAACAAAAAAAAAAAACAAUGACCACUUUUAUCCACUUCAACUCUUCACUCUCAGCCGAAAACACUCCAUCCGAAUCUUGUUCAAGUUCGGAUUCCAGCACGGCCGCCGCUUUUUCGGACGAGGAAGUCAAUCUGGCUUCACAAAACCCGAAAAAGCGGGCUGGCCGAAAAAAGUUCCGGGAGACACGUCACCCGGUGUACCGAGGAGUCCGAAGGCGGGACUCGGGCAAGUGGGUGUGUGAGGUCAGAGAGCCGAAUAAAAAGACAAGAGUGUGGUUGGGAUCAUAUCCGACUGCUGACAUGGCGGCCAGGGCGCAUGAUGUGGCGGCUUUGGCCAUGCGGGGUCGGUCCGCGUGUUUGAAUUUUGCUGACUCGGUUUGGCGGCUGCCUGUGCCGAAAUCUAGUAAUGUGAAGGAUAUUCAAAAGGCCGCGGUGAAGGCCGCCGAGGGGUUUGGGGUUGAGGAUGGUGUGGUGGAGAGGGUGGAAAAAAAUGAGUUGCCGAAAAAUGAGUUGCCGAAAAAUGAGGUGCCGAAAAAAGUGGUUUAUUUGGAUGAGGAGGCUGUUUUUUGUUUGCCGAGAUUUUUUGAUAUUAUGGCUGAGGGAAUGAUGGUUCCGCCACCUCGGAUGGGUGGAUAUGACACUUGUCAGGAUGACUUGGAAUUUUGUUCUGACGUGUCAUUAUGGAGUUUCUGAAUUUAGCCUUUGACCAUUAGAUUAAGAAUUAGUUUUUUUUUUUUAACGUCGUUAGAGUUAUU